AUGUCAUAUGAUAUUGAUGAUACCUUGAUACAAGAGCCACCAACAUUGAGGCGGAACUUCAAAGGGGUGGUGGAAAAGAGUCUAGGGUUUGACCACAAGAUACCCUGUCCAGUGAGAGCGGACCCUAGACCUUAUACCAGAUGGCUGAAGAACGGGACCGAUAUAAGAUCCAACAGCCACGAUGAUCAUGUGAUCUUCACCAAGACGGCCAUAGUCUUCAAGCCCUUGAAGUUGUCUGACGCUGGCCUAUAUACCUGCGUGGCAUCCAAUUCCUUCGGCAACCCCAUCCAUGUCAACUUUACCUUGAUAGUAGUUGACACGCAUGCAGAUUCUGCGUACGACGAAUCCAGCGUCCUGGAAUCCUUCUCUUCGCUGGACUACGACGGCCCGUACAAUGAAACGGAAGAAGAGAUGGACUUCCCGAGGUUCACCUACCCGGAGCGCAUGGAGCCGGAGAGGCCCUUACCAAGCCACACCAAGGUCAGGCUGGAGUGCGGAGCCAGAGGAACACCUACCCCUAACAUCACAUGGAUCAAGGAUGGAGAGAACAACUGGAAGCAGAAUGUCAUUAGACCUACAAGGGUUGAAGAGAAAGGUUUCCUACUGAUCAUCCGUCGAGCGAUCAUUACAGACUCUGGGAAAUAUACUUGCGUCGUGAGCAACGAGUAUGGCACCAUUGACCACACCUAUGAUGUCAAAAUCAGAGAACGACUCCCUGUCAAACCUAUCAUGUCGCCCAUGAAGAACGUGACUGCGGUUGUGGGUUCCAACACGUCGUUCGUGUGUCGGGUCGUCAGCGACCUGACGCCGCACUUUGCCUGGAUGCGUUACAAUGGGACCAAUAGCACUAGACAGAGUCUGUCGGACAUUGAUGACCAUAUUAGUAUCCUUCAGCAACGAUGGGUCGAGGAGCCGAUGCUCACUUGCGAUGAGUUCUUGGAUGUCUUCUACCAGAAUCAAUCAAAGAGGAUGUUGGAAUGUCUCCAUCUUAUUCAGCUUGAAACUCAAGGUGGGAUGGAAGAAGCCAAUCAGUUGAAACUCUACAAUGUCCAGUACGAAGACGAAGGACCGUACCUCUGUGUUGCCGGAAACUUCUAUGGAAUGAGUUGGGAAGGCGCUUAUCUGGACGUCGUAGAACCACCAACGCAACCUCCAGAAAGAACACAGCCCCCUGCGGUGUACAUUCCACCAAACACCCAGACAACAAACAAGACUCAUCUCAUCAUCUUCAUUGUGGUAGGCUUUAUCGUCGUCGUCGUCCUUGUGACUUGCAUAGCCAUCUUAUGCAAGCAGACCCAGGCCAGGCAUCAGAGGCCGCCAGACAAAGCAGUCAUUAACGGUACUCGCCCUCACAUCUACAGACAGAUGUCGAAUGACUCCACCAAAUCCAAUGCUCCCUUAUGUCAGUUCAGAGGGAAUCGACUGACGUCAUCACUAACAGUCAUCUCAGAAUAUGACAUCCCUCUUGAUCCUGAUUGGGAGUUCUCAAGGGACAGACUCACCUUGGGCAAGACAAUUGGAGAAGGCGCAUUUGGCAAGGUUGUGAUAGGAGAAGCUGUUGGUAUACCAACAGUAUGCCAGGAGAAGACUAGCACAGUAGCCGUCAAAAUGCUGAAAGCCAAUGCCAUGGAUCGAGAGUUCUCAGAUCUCAUCUCUGAGCUGUCAAUGAUGAAGAUGAUCGGAAAACAUCCCAACAUUAUCAAUCUUCUCGGAUGCUGUACACAAGAUGGACCACCCUAUGUCAUCGUUGAGUUUGCUCACCACGGUAACCUGCGUGACUUCCUCCGAUCAAGACGUCCACCUGAAGAAUACGAGAAGUCCAUCCUCCUGACCACCUCCCAAACGUUGACCAAUAAAGAUUUGAUGUCCAUGGCUUACCAGGUGACCAGAGGCAUGGAGUUCCUGGCUUCGAAGAAGUGCAUUCAUCGAGACUUGGCAGCCAGGAAUGUUCUAGUGACGGAAGACUUUGAGAUGAAGAUUUGUGAUUUUGGACUCGCUCGUGAUAUCCACUACAUUGACUUCUACAGAAAGACUACAGAUGGUCGGUUACCAGUAAAAUGGAUGGCACCGGAAGCACUGUUCGAUCGUAUGUUCACCACCCAAAGUGACGUUUGGUCAUUUGGUAUUCUUCUUUGGGAGAUCAUGACCUUGGGAGGUACACCUUACCCUAGCGUUCCUGUUGAACAGAUGUUUGACUAUCUACGCUCAGGCAAGAGAUUGGAGAAACCUCAGAAUACCUCGUUAGAAAUCUAUCAUAUCUUAUGUGAGUGUUGGAGGACAUCACCGGGACAGAGACCAACCUUCAGUGAGCUCGUAGAAGACCUCGAUCGCAUCAUCUCCGUCUCAUCAAAUCAGGAUUAUCUUGAUCUGGAAGCGGUGGGCGAUGCACCGGUGAAAACCUUCCAAGAGAGCGAGCGAAUGGCUUUUAUGGGAUACAGGGCGCCGCUCUCGCCGCAGGUUUAUUACAAAGUACCACAAAGUCGGGACUGUUAUCCGUAUGCAAACUGACAGUGGCAGAAGGGACGCAGGACUUAGCAUCUGGUAUGCAAUUAACAUUGUGAUUUCAUUUUGCCGCUUCAGACUUCAGUUUGUUCCGUUCCGAUGUGGAAUAUUUUUCUUGGUGCUACUGAUUGAGACAUGGAUGUCUUAUUAACGGAACUCUUUAUUACAUGGAGUCCAAUACAAGAAGGAUUGAGAACUGCCCUUGGAUAGUAUAGCGUUACAUCACUUCAGAGAGCGCCAUCAUAUACUGCAAUAGACUCUCAUUUACGCGUGUACAUAGAAGAUGAUUAAAUCAAAGAGAAUAUCUUAUAUGGAAAGCAUUGUAACCGAACGGCUACAAACGAACUGAAUUCCAUUAUGCAUUGUUGCAUCGUGAAGCUUCUAAUUCAAUUGCCUUCGAUUUCUUUGUGCUUUAUUGGACAUUUUUGUGUUAACAAAAGGUGUUGCCCUUUUUUUGGCGUUGGUGUAUGCCAAGUUACGGAAUUGGGAAACAGUCAAUCUUGGCUCUGUGGCGGACAUUGAAAGGACUUGACGUCAAAGGGCACAGGAUGAGAACAUAGCACUGGGAUUCAGUGACUAUUAAUGCAAGCUGCAUAAUUAUGUAUGCUGCUUGGAAAGUAAUUAUUUCUUGAUGUUUAACUGUGACCUCAUUACUUUGAAUGAAAGAAAAUAGUUGGAACAUAUCUAUAGAAUAUAUAAGCUAUAUUGUGUAUUUGGUGAAUAUAUAUAUGUUCAUUUGGUGUAAGAUAAGGAGGGCCUGUACUAUUAAACUUGCCAUGUGUUCACUGCCAGCUCCGAAACAGAGUGAUAUGUAGUCCCUUUUUUCCAUUCUGAUAUAGCCACAUUAGUUAGACUAGUAUACUCCUGUAAAAAGAUAAUAAAGUACUUAAAGUAGACGUAUUUAAUACUUUCCUUGUGGGUUAAAUAAAAGUCUUUGAAUAUUCUCUUUCGCUCCUGAUGAAUUACUCCAAACAAGGACUGGCAUGAUGUGAAUUUAUUCUUUUUCUUAUGCUGUAGAUGCACAGUAUUUGCUUGAAAACCAAGUUUUAUCUCUUUAUUGUUAAAGAGCAAUUUUAGUACAAAUUUGAUUGUAAUUGUAUUGAAUUCUUACUAUUGCCAUUUCAUAAUGAAUUUUUGACCAAAAAAAAAUGGAUCCCCAGCAAGGGAUUUAUGAACUUUUAUGUGAUUUUUUGAUCUUCUGCACUCAAUGAAACAAGUAUUUCUUAUUAUCAGUAGAUGCUUGAGAGAAAAAUAAUACCUUUCAAAUUACUGCAUGUAUGUUCUUAAAUACAAAGUUUUCUCAGCUUUCAAAUUUUAUCUUUCACUUUUUUUACCACUUGAAAACGGUUCUAAAUGAAAAAAAUAACAGGACCUAGGUUUAUUAGAAGUUUCAGCUCUAUGCAAAUUUCACGCCAGACAAAUGUGUUUUGAUGAAAAUUUGAAAUUGUGAUUUAUUUUUGUACAUUAUGUAAUUAAGAAAUAUAUUGCCAACUGAUUUACAUUUUUUUUCAUCAAAAAGAAAAUUUUGGUCUUUCACUUGGUAAGAUUACUUUUUUGAAGAUGGCUGGAAUUUAUGCUCAAUACCUUUUUGAUUAAUUUCUUGUUGCCCGAGAAAGUGAUUCAUUUUAGUUCUCAGUAUUAUGGAGUAUUCAAUGGAAAUUAUUUAUGAAGAGAGACAAUAAUAUUGUUUGAAAUCUUUUUGUUACAAAAGUCAUGCGGUCUAAUAUAAUAUUUCUAUUGUAAUGGAUUGAUACGAUAUACGAUUUCAAUUUCAAAUUCGAUUUAAAUGUUUUUUACCUUGAAUCCUACAUAUCUGUAAUCUCGCAGCAUUACAUCAUGUAUCAAACAUGCCUUCAUACAUGUCAAUGCGUUUCAAAUUCAAAGUGGGCAAAUGCUGAAUCCGGACUGUUAUCAUUUUACUACUAAUUUUACCAAAAAAAGAAAAUAAAAAAAAUCAUAAAAGCUGCAUUUUAUUUUCAUAGAACGCUUUUACACUGUAUUUUAAGCUUUGAUAAUACUUGUUUUUUAGUAUUUAAUUUGGAGAGCAUGGUUUCAGGCAAUGGGGAAACCAAAGCAGUUGCUACCACCACCAAACCAUUCCCACUUUUUUUCAUAUUUUGUUCUACCAGUGGGAAUGACAUUUUGUUUAUUCUGUUUAUUUUUGUUCCUACACCUGUACUUCUUGUAAUGUUUUACUCCUACUCCAUGUAUAGACUUGCAGGGUUGUGAUCCAGCAUGUUGUAUUCACUUUUUUGCUUUUUAAAUAUCUUUGUUUUUCAUCUUCUUUGUAUUGUCCAUAGAAGUAUUAGUUGUCAAUUACAUUUUUUAAAAGCCAGAAAACAAAGUAGAAAUUACAUUGACCAGUUUGUUGUAGUUUGUUACAAAAAGAAAUUCUUUCAAAGAUCGAUCAUAGUUAUCAACCAGUGCUUUGCUGAAAAAAAAAUCAAGAAUGAUCCGAAUUUUAAUUAAUACAUUUAUAUUUUCGUAUUACAGUUCAAAUGAAUUAUGAAGUUGAAAUUUACAUUUUAAGAAUUGUAGUUUCAAACUGUGUUAUUUUGGAGUUGACAUGAUGUUCAAUGUUUGAACACCCUUUUGAAGUAUUCUAUUAAAAGAGGGCAUCUUCACCCCCCCCCCCAAAAAAAAGAAGCCAUUAUUAUUGUUUAGAUUCAGGUUGUUACUAUAACAAUAUAUCCAGGGAGAGACACUUUUUUAUUUUUUCAAGAUCAUGGAGAGCUAGGAUUGACUUUAUAUCAAAACUCUGAUGCCCUCCCCCCCCAAAAAAAAAAAGAGACACAAGAUGUCUCUUUAGCUAAAGAAUGUUCAAAUCAGGCCAUUAACAGGGGCAUGACUGUCCUGAAUUUACCCGAUAUCUUGGACCCCAGCUCCCAUCUCUGAUAAAAGCUAAUUACUUCAAAAUUAUUCAGGUUGAUGAAAUCUGACCCCAGCUCCCAUCUCUGAUACAAGCUAAUUACUUCAAAAUUAUUCAUUUUGAUGAAAUCUGAAUGUAAACAAAGAACAGAAAUGUGUUGUAUUUACUCAAGGGUUUGUAGAAAGGUUUUUCUUUUUCCUACCUGCUUUAUAUUGGUAUACCAGCAAACAUCAUUAGUAGGCUAUAUCUGUUUAGUUUGUAUUCUUUUUUUCCCCUGCUGUUCUCAUUAAAAACGAUGUGCAUAAGAAAGUACUUAAAAUGUGAGCAUUUAUCACCAUGAAGCGUUUUGUAUUCAAGAUGUUAUUUUUUGCAGAUGCAUUUUGAAGAUUAUGUGCAUCAUUAUUCUUGUGAAUAUCAUUGUAUUUGAAAAAAUGUCUCAAUUAUGUGCAAGGUGCUGAUUUGAAUGGGAAUUCAAAAGCAACAAUAUAUCUCUUCAUUAGCACUAAAAUUCCAUCUUUAAAAUUUAUCUGUUAAUUUUCAAGACGGACUGGUAGACACUUUUAUUGCUUUGUAUUUCAUUCUGAGCCCAUAAUUAAAAGGAAGUAUACCCACACACUCCAUUUCUUUUGGAGUGUUAUUAGCCAAACUACCUUUUUGAACCGCGUUAACCUUCUGCAUAAAGAAAAUUCUUUGUCUAAGGAUUCCUGAUGCAUCAACAAGGACACAUCUCUGUGAGAUUAAAUAUUAAUGUAAAGAAAGUUAUGGAACUUUCAGAAUUACUGCAACCUCAAAGUUUGCUUAGAAUAUCAGUCCAACAACUCCUUUUUGUUAUGCGAACAUAUCGCCUAAAAGGGCGAAUGGGCCAGGAGGUGCGAGUUACCUUUUUUAUUUUUGGGGGGUCACACUUGCCAGUCAAAUCCAUUGUGGUUUAAUUAGAAUAGGCAAGUGUCAUUACAGAACUUUAUGGUCUAUCCAUCUUGAAUCAAAUUGAGCCAAGAACAUUUAACCACAAACUCCCACCUCCCUCUCUUUUAAUCAUUCAUGCCAUCAAGCUCUAGAUUUAUAUUGUUGCCCUCCCCCCC